CAUUUUAAACGAAACGAGUUUGCAAAUGCAACACAGCAUUUUAUUGCUUAAUUUAUUUAUCUUUUUUACUAUUUCAGGAUGGUUUUGGGUUGAUCCAAAUCUUGGAAUGAUAGACGAUGCCAUCCAUGUGUUUUGCAACAUGACCGCCAGAGGGCAGACGUGUGUCUAUCCUGACAAACACUCAGCCAUUCAAACGGAAGUUCAUUGGGAGAAAGAAGAGGAUGCUUCGAAUGAAAAAUGGUUCAGUUCCCUCCGUGGUGGAUUUAAGGUAAUAAUGAUGUUCAUAAUUCUAUCCUUGUGGUCAAAACUGCUCAUGAUAAUUGUAGAUGUAGACACCCAAAAAGUUGUGAAUGAAUUAGCAGCCGUAUUCGAACAAAGUGAUUUGGUUUAAGUUUGAUCCCGCUAGAAUCGGCAACUAUUCUGAGAAUCCAAAUUAGUUUUAAUACAAUAAAGC